UGCACUUUUCAUUCUCUUCAGGUUCAUCGUUGGAGCAGGCAAGUCGCGUUUUUGCCACCGCGUUCAAAAAUUUCUAAAACUGAACUUAGUUUUGUUGCACGAUUUUCUAAACUGAAGUUUUCCUACGGUGAAAUCAAGGAAAUUCGUUAGUAAUCGAAAAGUAUAAAGUGUAAGCUUAUAGCGUAAAAUAUAUUUUACGGCAUUCAAAGUUAGAAGAGUGAACGGCAGCCAGACAAAAAGUAAAAUGGCCGAACAAGAUCAAGAAAUGAAUGGUCAGCUAGAAAACGGAAACAGCCAAGAUGUAGAAAAUGGAGAUUCGCAGAAUGGAGCAGCUGCUCCGGUUCGCGACGACGACCGAAAAUUAUUCGUUGGUGGACUUAGUUGGGAAACAUCAGACAAGGAACUCAAAGAACACUUCGGUCAGUAUGGUGAAAUUGAGAGCAUCAAUGUUAAGACAGAUCCCACCACCGGCCGAUCACGUGGCUUUGCCUUCAUUGUGUACAAGGCUGCUGAUUCGAUCGAUAAGGUCGUUGCCGCUGGCGAGCACGUCAUCAACAAUAAAAAGGUAGAUCCAAAGAAGGCCAAAGCACGACACGGCAAGAUUUUCGUUGGCGGCUUGACUACCGAGAUUAGCGACGACGAGAUCAAAACCUUCUUUGGUCAGUUUGGCAAUAUUAUUGAAGUCGAGAUGCCUUUCGACAAAACAAAGAACCAGAGGAAAGGUUUCUGUUUCAUUACGUUCGAUUCCGAACAGGUGGUAAAUGAACUGCUGAAGACCCCUAAACAAACCAUCUCUGGUAAGGAGGUCGAUGUCAAGAAAGCCACUCCAAAACCAGACAACAUGCACAUGGGCCCAAUGAUGGGUGGCCGCGGUGGAAUGCGCGGUAACCCCCGUGGUGGCAUGCGAGGUGGACGUGGUGGCCCAGGAGGACCAAAAGGUGGUUACGGACAGGGUUGGGGCGGCCCUGGAGGCUACGGAGGCGGUUACGGUGGCGGAUAUGGAGGUCAAGGCGGCGGCUACGGAUACGGUGACUAUUGUGGCGAUUGGGGAUGGGGCUACAACAGUUAUGAUUACUCCCAUUACGACGACUACUACGGCGGCUAUAACGAUGGCUACGGGAUGAACAGCGGUGGUCGGCCUGGUGGCCCACGAGGGGGAAAAGGAUCCGGUGGAGGCUUCCAAGGCAAGCAGCGAGGAGGCGGUGGUGGAAACCGACAGCCACGUCACACACCAUACUAGACUUCCCGUUCUCUAGUAAUUACCUACUAUAAUGAAAGGUCAUCCCCCUCCCCCGUAUAUACAUGUAAAAGAGGAAAACAUACCCAAGAAAAAUCUUCACAAACCUACCUACCUACUACCUUCAUACAUUGUUCGCUCCAAAUUCUAUUAAUUUACUUUUUAGAAUUAAUAGAUAUAGUCAGCAACGGAAACCACAAGACAACAUGAUUUAAAAAUAUAUUGAAAUUAGGGAGGAUAUCAUCUAAACAGAAAAGACAUGGUCAAUCCUCCCCGUGGAAUAAAACCAUACUUAAUGUGAAAGCGAGAGAUUAGGCGAGUCUAAGAAUGUUUGAUUUGAUGAAUGAAAGGACAAAAAAAAAGCUCUAUAAAAGUGGGCUACCAAUAAUGACUAUGUGAAUUGCUUCUUCCAUUGAGCGGUUAUUCCAUGCGCUGAAAGGUCCCAUCGUAAUUGGCUGGGAUUGGUUUCAGGUAGAAAGAAAUUUGAAAGCGAAAAAAUUCACAAAUAACAUUAGCGGCUGUAUCUCAGUGAAAGACACGCACAUACCAGAGGCCGCUGGACCGUUCACAUGUGCGAAGAGUACUACUAGAAGGAAAUUGAACUUAACACAAAUACGAUGAGAGAGGGCAUUCCAAGAGUUUUCUUUUGUUGUUGAUCAACGAUACUUAAAAAGUCGCUCGAUUGGUAUUUUACUACAACUUCCUAUCUAUUAUUCAAAUAUGGAGUUUUUUUUAAGAAGCAUUUGCAAAUAGCAGUGUAUAAGUCACAACAAAACAACUCAUAGGCACACACAUUCACACAUUUUAAGUUAAGUUUGAUCUGUUGAACAAAGAAAGUUUUGAAUAAAAAAAACUAGAAACCAUCGACAAACGACUGUUCCACUUCAUCCACUCUUGAUUGAGUGUUAUUGCAAAACGGUUCUCAAGUAAUGGAGCCAACCUGUAUUCUGUAAUGCAUAUAAUAGAACAAGGAUAAAACAAUGGAAUCUUAUUGGAAUGCAGUAUUAGUAAUUGCCGUACCUUCUCAUGUCCGAUUUGAUGAAACGAAACUAAUAAAGUGCAUUUUAAUCAA